AACCAAGUUGUUUAUAUAGCCUGUAUCCAAGGUCCAUCUAAAUGAUGAUUUUAUGUACAUGAAGAAUUAUCUCACAGUGAUACAAGUUUUCUAUUGGUAUUGGAAUAGCUCUGCACUCGAAGUCAUGUGUUCCAGAGAUAAAAGACACUGUAUGAAAUGGAGUGGAGCUGAGCCUGCAGCCUCCAUCACCAGGAACUGGCACCAUGCUUGGAGUCCUCUUUGCUGUGUUAGCUCUGGCCUCUGCAGCCUUUGGCUGCGGGGUUCCUUCCUACCCACCUCUUGUGACCAGAGUUGUUGGAGGGGAAAAUGCAAGGCCAUACAGCUGGCCCUGGCAGGUCUCCCUUCAAUACUAUUCCAAUGGCAAGUGGAGUCACACCUGUGGGGGAACCCUGAUUGCCACCAACUGGGUGAUGACAGCUGCCCACUGCAUCAGCUCUACUCUGACCUACAAAGUGCUUAUUGGAAAAUACAACCUGGCAGCUACGGAAGCAGGAUCAGUUGCAGUUUAUCCAUCAAAGAUCAUUGUCCAUAGGAACUGGAAUUCAAAUAAUGUUGCCAAUGGGUACGACAUUGCUCUGAUCAAGCUCUCUCAGCACGUCACCCUGAGUGACAAAAUCCAGCUGGCCUGCCUGCCCGCUGCCCAGAGCAUCCUGUCCUCCAACACUCCCUGCUAUGUCACUGGCUGGGGAAGACUGCAGACUAAUGGACCCCUUCCUGACAAGCUGCAGCAAGGCCGUCUGCUGGUGGUGAAUUAUGCCACCUGCUCCAGCGCUUCCUGGUGGGGAACCACUGUGAAAUCCACCAUGGUUUGUGCUGGUGGGGAUGGAGUCAUCUCCAGCUGCAGCGGUGACUCUGGUGGCCCGCUGAACUGCCAGAGGGCUGAUGGCACCUGGGAAGUGCACGGCAUCGUCAGCUUCGGCUCCUCCAUCAGCUGCAACUACUACCACAAACCCUCUGUGUUCACCAGGGUCUCUGCCUACAACAGCUGGAUCGAGCAGGUUAUGGCAACCAACUAAUCCACUGAGACCUGGAUGACAGUUACCAAAUGACCUUUGAAUCAAAAAUUCCUGUGAAAUUACACUUUUACCAAUACAGUUAUUAAAUCAAAUGCAAGUUAAAUAAACUGCAUUUUUUGCAUGAUAAAAACAAA